GGCCUCUCUACCUCGGAUGAUCUGAGACGUCGGAGCCCACAGACGGGGUGCAGACCGAGGAGCAGCAGCACAGCACAUACGGUGAUGACGGAGAAGGACGCGGGCCCGCCGCUGGAGGACGCGGACGAUGAGCUGGACAGCCGGCUGCACUACAAGCCCCCGCCGCAGAAGUCGCUGCAGGAGCUGCAGGAGCUGGACAAGGACGACGAGAGCCUGGCCAAGUACAAGCGGACGCUGCUGGGCGACGCGCCCGUGCUGGCAGACCCCACGGUGCCCAACGUGACGGUGACGCGGCUGAGCCUGGUGUGUGACAGCGCCCCGGGGCCCAUCACCAUGGACCUCACGGGAGACCUGCAGGAGCUGAAGAAGCAGGUGUUCGUGAUGAAGGAGGGCAUCGAGUACCGCGUGAAGAUCAACUUCAAAGUGAACAAGGACAUCGUGUCGGGCCUGAAGUACGUCCAGCACACCUACCGCACCGGCAUGAAAGUGGACAAAGCCACGUUCAUGGUGGGCAGCUACGGGCCGCGGCUGGAGGAGUACGAGUUCCUGACCCCGCCGGAGGAGGCGCCCAAGGGCAUGCUGGCGCGGGGCACCUACCACAACAAGUCCUUCUUCACCGACGAUGACCGGCAGGACCACCUCACCUGGGAGUGGAGCCUGGCCAUCAGGAAGGACUGGAACGAAUGAACGGACGGGCCGCCGGGGCCGCCCGCCCGCCCUCGUCCCCUCCCCGUCCCCCC